UUGACAACGGUAACAACUGCAGAUGGCGCCUAAACCGCUGCCAAUCUCCUCUUCCUCCUCACCUCUUUCUACAUCAUUAUUCCCUUUCCGUCACCACUUGGUCGUAAACCCCAAUCCUAGCCUUUUAAAAUUCCCGCCUCCCAAGCCCACAUUUUUCGUUACUAUCUGCAAAUUUGGAAUGGAGUCCCAAUUCCAAACUCGCCGCCAAGAACCAAAUCCCUCAAGCUCUCAAAUGCACAAUUACCCGGAUACGGAACCGGAACCCCAUGGUUCCGGAGCGGCUGCGCCCACCCGAGGAGAGAGAUUUCUUGAGCGCCACCAGUCUCUGUCUGCUUCUACCAUGCUUCUCCCUGAAUCCAAAAAGAAGAAGAAGAAGAAAAAGGAUAAAGAUAAGGUUUCCAAGGUUUCUUCGGUGCUCCCCAGCUGCUAUGGCUGCGGAGCUCCUCUGCAGACCUCAGAAACGGAUGCUCCGGGUUAUGUUGACCCGGAUACUUACGAGUUGAAGAAGAAGCAUCGUCAACUAAGAACUGUUCUUUGUGGGAGGUGCCGCCUUUUGUCCCAUGGCCACAUGAUUACAGCUGUUGGUGGCAAUGGAGGUUAUUCUGGAGGGGAACAGUUUAUCUCAGCUGAGGAGCUUCGGGAAAAGCUCUCUCACUUGCGGAAUGAGAAAGCUUUGAUUAUUAAGUUGGUUGAUAUAGCAGAUUUCAAUGGCAGUUUUGUAGCACGUGUCAGAGAUCUUACUGGUGCAAAUCCGAUAAUAUUAGUGGUGACUAAGGUUGAUCUUCUUCCAAAAGGCACAGAUCUCAAUUGUGUUGGUGAUUGGGUUGUGGAGGCCACAGUGAAGAAGAAACUUAAUGUUCUGAGUGUUCAUUUAACAAGUUCAAAGUCUUUGGUUGGAAUUGCUGGAGUGGUCUCAGAAAUUCAGAAGGAGAAAAAGGGACGGGAUGUGUAUAUUCUGGGUUCAGCCAAUGUUGGAAAAUCUGCAUUCAUAAAUGCUCUAUUAAGAAUGCUGUCAUAUAAGGACCCAGUUGCUGCAGCUGCGAGAAAAUAUAAACCAAUUCAAUCUGCUGUCCCUGGGACCACUUUGGGUCCCAUUCAGAUUGAUGCUUUCCUAGGUGGAGGGAAAUUGUAUGACACACCUGGUGUCCAUCUUCACCACAGGCAAGCUGCUGUUGUUCAUGCAGAAGAUCUUCCUUCUCUUGCUCCCCAAAGUCAACUUAGAGGUCAGACUCUCCCUUCGAUCUCUAAUCCAGUUGGAUCAAAUGGUUUGAAUGGUUUCUCAAUAUUUUGGGGAGGACUUGUGAGGAUUGAUGUUAUUAAGGUUCUGCCUGAAACAUGUUUGACAUUUUAUGGACCCAAAGCACUGAAGCUUCAUAUUGUUGCUACCGAAGAAGCUGAUGAAUUCUAUAGGAAAGAGGUUGGAGGAUUGCUGAUACCUCCAUCCGGAAAACAGAAGGCAAAUGACUGGAUGGGACUUGAAACAAGACGCGAAUUGGAAAUAGAACAUGAAGAUGUUAACCGGCCUGCCUGUGAUGUGGCUAUAUCAGGGCUGGGAUGGAUAUCAGUUGAACCAUUUAAUAAGUCAAUCAGUACAGCUGACAAAGUCGUAGAGAAAAUUGGUGAGCAGUUAGUAUUGGCAGUCCACGUGCCUAAACCAGUUGAGAUUUUUGUUCGUUCUCCAAUUCCGGUAGGCAAAGCUGGAGCAGGAUGGUAUGAAUUCAGGGAAUUGACAGAGAAGGAAGAGGGAUUAAGACCAAAGUGGUAUUUUUGAGAUUAAUCAUGUUAAUUCAUGUAAAUAGUCUAGUUUACCCAAAAUGCAAGCCCUUCGGAUCGAAAUGGAAUAUGUCAAUAUCAUUCUUAGUUCUCCACCUACAAUAUAUAUCAUCGAGAACUGAUGCAAUGUAUACACGAUAGUUAAUUAUGGUUCAGCAGAAUGUAUUUGGCUAAACCAGUCAUUGUCAUGCGUAUCAAGAUGUAGUUAUCAAUUUCCUACUAUAUGUUAUGGUAUUCCGACCUCAUUAGUUCGUUAAA